GGUAAAUCUAAAUCCAUUUCUCCCAUCUUUCUCCGUGCUUUAGACGAUUUGAAGUUUCACAGUCGUCGCCUGACGUUGUAGACCACCAAGCCCUCUCGCGUUUACCAUUUCUCUCACUCUUCUCCUAUAUAAGCAAGAAAAACCACCUCCCUCAUCCCAACCCGCAACUUCUCUGCAACACUAGUACAAGCAGAAUAAGAAUUUAAGAAGAAGAAGAGGAAGAAACAGGGGAAAAAGAAGAAUAAGCAAAGGGGGAAACAAAAGGUGCCAUUUUUACAGAAUUCAUUGAGUUUGCUCAAACGAUCGCCACUUCUGUUUAGUUCAAUCAUGAGUUUUCCCAUCUCGGAUGAGCUGCUCGGCACCUUUGUGCCCGUUGCUGUUUACUGGAUAUAUUCUGGAAUCUAUGUGAUGCUUGGUGACUUGAACCAGUACAGGCUUCACACCAAGGCUGAAGAAGACAAGAAGAACGUUGUUUCUAGGAAAACCGUUGUGAAGGGAGUCCUUGUCCAGCAAGCUUUUCAAAUCGCCGUCUCCCUUCUCCUCUUCACGGCCAUGAGCGGCGAGAGCGGCGCGGUACCUCCUCAGCCUUCUAUUCCGGUCAUCAUCCUCCAGUUCAUCGUGGCUAUGGUGGUUAUGGACACAUGGCAAUACUUCAUGCACCGAUUCAUGCACGUCAACAAGUUUUUGUACAAACACAUCCACUCCAAGCACCACACCCUCGUCGUCCCCUACGCCUUUGGAGCUCUCUACAAUCACCCACUCGAAGGGCUCAUCCUUGACACCAUUGGAGGAGCCCUCUCCUUCCUCGUUUCAGGUAUGAACCCUCGCACCGCCAUCUUCUUCUUCUCCUUCGCCACCAUCAAGACUGUUGACGACCACUGCGGCCUGUGGCUUCCCGGAAAUCUGUUGCAUGUUUUCUUCAACAACAACAGUGCGUAUCAUGACAUCCACCAUCAGCUAUAUGGCACCAAAUACAACUUCUCUCAGCCAUUCUUCAUCACUUGGGAUAAGAUCCUUGGAACUCACAUGCCCUACUCGCUUGAGAAGAGGAAGGAGGGAGGAUUUGAGGCCCGUCCCAUUAAGAAGAUUAAUUGAUUCUUUUUAGUAUUAUUGUUCUAUGCUUCAUCAUGUUCUCUUUUUUUUUUUCUCUUGCCAUUUUGUUUGAUCAAACAAACGUUGCAGCCUGUAAAGAAGUAGAUGUUUGUUUGUAAACAAGAAAGAAAAUUUAUUUUUUAUA